AUGGUUGAAGCAAGGUGCUGCUUCAAACUCCUCUAUGCAAUUCUGGUGGUGGUUUUACUACACAUGAGCAGUCCUUGCAUUGGAUGUAGCGAGAGGGACAGGCAAGCACUCCUUGCACUCAAACAAGGCCUCGUGGGUGACGACGGCGAUCGCCUCCUUUCAUGGGGAAGAGAAGCCCAAAACAAAAAUUGUUGCCAAUGGGAAGGAGUCUACUGUAGCAGCAACCAAACUGGCCAUGUUGUUAAACUUGAUCUUGGAGACCAAUCUUUGCAAGGUAAGAUUAGUCCUAAACUCGUUCACUUGCAGCAUUUGGAGUAUUUGAACCUUAGUUUCAAUAAUUUCGGUUGGAGCAAAAUUCCAGAUUUCAUUGGAUCUCUGAGCAAUUUAAUAUACCUCGAUCUUUCUUAUGCAAAUUUUGGAGGUCAAAUUCCAAACCAACUUGGAAACCUUACACACUUGCAAUAUCUCAAUCUCAGCUCUACUUCAUCUUCUGAUAUACGACCACCCCCUGUGAACUCUAUUCAUGCAAAAAAUCUCAAUUGGCUCCCUAAUCUUUCAGGUCUGAAACACUUGGACCUAAGUUACACUAAUCUCAGUGACAUUGUUGGUUGGCUGGAAGCAGUUAAUAUGCUUCCUAAACUAACAAACUUGAUAUUAUGGCGCUGUAAACUUCCUCCUCCAAUUAUAUCCUCUGUUUCUCUCAUGAAUUCUUCUAACUCUCUUGUUCAUGUCGAUCUCGGCCUCAACAAUCUCAACUCUUCAAUCUUCCAAUGGUUGUCCGGUACUCAUACCAACCUUGUUUAUCUUGAUCUCUCGUAUAACAAUUUCAAUGGUUCCUCAAUUCCUGCAUCUUUUGGAAACAUGAGCUCUCUUGCACAUCUUAGUCUCUAUGAUAGCCAACUUGAAGGAGGGAUCCCGAAUUCCUUUGCCAAGUUAUGUAGGCUGCGAGAGUUGGACCUUGGGGUUAAUAGUCUUAGUGGACAACUUUCAGACUUUGUUGAAACGUUGUCCAAAUGCGCUCAAAAGACAUUGGAGAGUUUGGAUAUCUCUUUCAAUAACAUUUCGGGUUCAUUGCCUGAUCUUACGAACUUCUUAUCAUUGAAACACUUGCUUCUCCAGGACAAUAACUUAAGUGGAAGAAUACCUAAAAGUAUUGGACAGAUGUCCAAGCUGGAGACUAUUGGUUUUGGUUGGAAUUCUUUGGAAGGA